AUGUCGGGCGGAGACAUCAGGAUACGCCUAGAUGGUAUUCCAGAUUCAUACAUCCUCACUGACAAGUGUGGUUUUCGAGACUCAGAGCUGGUAGACUUCUGCUGGGCUUUCCGCCUCUACGAUGUCCUCGGAGAUGGUGUCAUCGAUGCCAGCCAAGUUAGAUUAGCACUUAGCUGGUUGGGUGAGGAGCCAUCAGACAAGGCGUUCUUGACAGUUAUGAAUGACAUUGACAGCCACGGCAAAGGCGUCAUGGACUUUCAACGCUUCGUGAAGCUAAUGGCGAAGUUUGAUCGCUCUAUGAUUACAGAAGAUGAGCUGGUCAAUGCUUUCAAGAUCUUUGACAAGGACAAGAGUGGCACGAUUGAUGCGAUCGAGCUCCAGGAUGUCCUUUGCAAGUUGGGCUUCUCUGUGAAUCCCCUGCAGGCUGAAGAGAUGAUCCAAGCAGCUGAUGAAGACGGCAGUGGUGAAUGCGAGUAUGGGGAGUUCGUGCGGAAAAUCAUUGAAAACCAAUAA